CAUGGGCAAAAUGAUCAAAUCCACGCGCAAAUGGGGAAUGCCCGCCGCGCAACGCUGACGCAGGUCGCCACGCAGUAUGGUGGAAGCCCCACCCAAGCUCCACUCCGCAGCCGCCACAUCGUGGCCGGAGCUGCUCGCCCCAUUCGACCUCUCCCGCCUCCGCUCCACGCUCUCCUGCCGCCCGCUCACCCCGCGCCGCCUCGCCCGCCUCCUCGCGCUCCCGCUGUCGCCGUCCACCUCCCUCCUCCUGCUGCAGUGGUACGCCGCCUCCCACCCCGCCGUCUCUUCUCUCCCGCUCCGCCCACUCCUCGCCGCCGCCGACGCAGACCCGGAGCGCGCGCUCUCCCUCCUCGAAUCCAUCCCCUCCUCCCACCUCCCCCCAAUCCGCGAGUCCCUCCUCAUCCCGCUCUUGCGCUCCUUGGCCCCCGGCCGCGCCCUCCACCUGCUCGACCAGUUGCCCCGCCGCUUCGCCGUCACACCCUCCUUUCGCUCCUACAACACCGUCCUCGCGGCGCUCGCCAGGGCCGACUGCCACACCGACGUGCUCGGGCUCUACCACCGGAUGGUCCACAGGGACCGCGUCCCACCCACCACCUUCACCUUCGGCAUCGCUGCAGGCGCCCUCUGCCGCCUCGGACGUGCCGACGAGGCGCUCGUGAUGCUCCGCAGCAUGGCGCGGCACGGUUGCAUACCUGACACAGUGCUCUACCAGACGGUCAUCCACGCGCUGUGUGCCCAGGGUGGGGUCAACGAGGCCGCCACGCUCCUCGACGAGAUGUUCCUCAUGGGGUGCUCCGCGGAUACCCAAACCUUCAAUGACAUCGUGCACGGGCUAUGCACGCUGGGGCGUCUACGCGAGGCGGCGAGGCUGGUGGACAGGAUGCUGGUAAGAGGCUGCAUGCCAAACUCCAUGACGUACGGGUUCCUUCUCCAGGGUCUGUGUCGAGCAAAGCAGGUGGAUGAAGCACGCACAAUGCUUCGGAGGGUGCCUGAGUUGAAUGUUGUGCUGUUUAACACGGUGAUUGGGGGCUGUCUGUCCGAUGGGAAGCUAACGGAGGCGACAGAGCUGUAUGAGAUAAUGGGAUCAAAAGGCUGCCCACCAGAUGCGCACACUUUUAGUAUAUUGAUACAUGGGCUCUGCAAGCGUGGGGAGGUUGGUUCGGCCAUGAGGGUUCUUAGAGAGAUGGAGGAGAAGGGUUGUGCUCCAAACAUGGUGACCUACACGAUUUUGCUGCAUUCCUUUUGCAGGAAAGGCAUGUGGGAUGAUAUAAGAGCAAUGCUGGAGGUACUGUCGGCAAAGGGCUUGAGUAUGAAUUCGCAAGGAUACAAUGGGAUGAUAUAUGCUGUAUGUAAGGAAGGCAGGAUGGAUGACGCGAGGACACUCAUGCAAGAGAUGAAGUGUAAAGGUUACAAGCCUGAUAUUUGCACGUAUAACACAAUAAUUUACCAUCUCUGCAAGAAUGACCAGAUCGAAGAGGCUGAGUAUCUAUUUGAAAAUUUGCUUGACCAGGGUGUUGUCGCCAAUGGAAUAACUUAUAAUACGCUCAUUCAUGCACUGUUGCGCAAAGGAAGCUUGAAGGAUGCCAUAAACCUUGCUAAUGAUAUGGUACUUCAUGGCUGCUCACUUGAUGUUGUUACUUACAAUGGUCUCAUAAAAGCCCUGUGCAGAGAUGGGAAUGUUGAUCGGAGCGUGGCGUUGCUGACGGAAAUGACAGAAAACGGAAUUAAGCCAAAUAAUGUUACGUACAACCUCUUGGUUAGUGAGCUCUGUAAGAAAAGAAGGGUGCGUGAUGCACUAGAGCUCUCAAAGGAGAUGUUAAACCAAGGCCUUACUCCUGACAUUGUCACGUACAACACACUCAUAAAUGGGUUAUGCAAAAUGGGAUGGAUGCGUGCUGCCCUGAAUCUCCUAGAGAAGUUACACAGUGAAGAUGUGUGUGCCGAUAUUAUUACGUAUAAUAUCCUCAUUAGUUGGCACUGCAAGGCGAGAUUCCUUGAUGAUGCUAAUAUGCUUCUAAACAGAGCAGUGGCUGAUGGGAUAACACCUAAUGAGCGUACAUGGGGCAUUAUGGUGCCAAAUUUUGCUAGAAAGCCACUUAGUUUUUUAUCUGACAAGGUUGAAGGUCAUUAAUUUGUUUUUGCUCUGUAUUGUAUGUUAUGGUUAGUUGUCAUGGGCUCAUGGCUUUUGGAAUCGCCACAACUUCAGAGGUUGUAAAGAUCAAAAUGUGAAGAUCAUGGUGUCCAUCAUAAUCUUCACCAUGUUGUCCUGGUAUGUAUGUCUCUUCCUGUUAGAAGUUUGUGCUCUGUGCCAUGACUAUAGCAUUAAUUCAUUAUCUUGUUGUACCAUGGCAGAUGUAUGUUCAGUGGAUGAUAGAUACAGUUACUCAGAUCCAUCUUGACAUGUUCUAGCUGUAGUUACAUGGAAAAUACAGAAAGUAUUGAAACCUCAGUUGCAUCAUUAUUUUUUAAUCAAUAUGUUGAAACCUCACUAUAAAGCCAUGGAUCUCUCAGUUAAAAUCAAAGAUGUCUAUAUCUCUUAUAUUUCUUUGUGAGUAAUUAUAUUGCAUAAUUAAUCAACUAGGGUACAUUUUGAUAGAAAUCAGAGUCAGGAUUAAUUUGUUCCAUUUACUGAUUCACUGCAAUGCCGCAGUGAAGCUCUGCUUAAUUGUUCCAGUCCUUGUUAGCCUCUAAUAUUGAUUAAGAACAACUCCAAAAGACAAAAGCAUUCUCCUUAAUUGAAUUUGCUAUUUUUAUCUAUAGUUCUGACUGAAAAGCUGUGAAUAACGAGCGGAAUAGUUCAGGUUAUUGGAAAAACAAAGUACGUGAAACCUGCGAUGCUGCCAGUCUUUAUACUUCAACAUGCAGUAGUGCAGUGUUAUAUAAUUUAGCAAAUACCAUGUCUCAUCGAUGCAUUUUCCUUGGCCUUUGAGCUUGCCAACUUUCUAGUUAGUAGUUACUACAAAUUAGUCAAACGAGGGAAAUUGAUUCAUCUUGAUAGUUGAAUACUGUCCAUUUUAAGGAAAACAUGCCCUUUGUUGUGAUGGCUGCCCAUCAACCUAAGCUCCAUGUAUGGUGACUGUGUAGUUCUAAAGCACCAAUUGUUGUGAUUUACGAGUGGUUGGGAUUUCAUGUGAUGAUGUUCUUAAUUAUAAUGAAGAUGCCGACGUUUGCCAGUUUUCAUUGAAGAAUGAAUUACUCUCAUUUCUGAUUCAGUUGAAGUGAAUAUUACCAGUAAAGCUAAACCUUCAGUGUCUCCUCCAUGCUUUCCUUUGGCAGGACAUGUUUGUUGUGUGAGUGUGACCUCAAUUUUAUUUGUUUGCAAUGUUUUUACAAUGUGGUAACCCAUAGAUACUUAAAAUUUGCACAUCUCUGGAUUAGUUGGCCACUUGGAAUGGGUUUGUGAUGCUGUUGUCUGCAGUAUGGAGGUCCGUGCCUGGGCUCCUGUAUGUGUUUUGAUUUUUCAACUGAACAUUCCCUCAUGUCCUUUCCAUCUCAUGUACAUUUGCACCAUUGUCCAUUCAAAACAAAGGUGAGAGAUGUCAUAACACCUGAACUUUUAAACAUCAUUGUGAGCUAAAUUUUAUUUGGUUGUGACUAGUUUCGAAGUUUGCAGAUAGAAUGUUAUUCGAUUUUAUACUAGGCAUCAUAUACUAUACUUUUGUUUCGGACUUUGGAGAAAUUAUUAAUUUUUUUGCUAGCAUCUAUGCGUGAACCCUACACAUGUUCCUUUGUUUUCCAUCUUGUUUCUCUUUGCAUCUCCUCUCCUUUGUUAUGUUGCUGAAUUCGACAUGGAAUGGUUUGAUUGGGUUACUCUAGAAAACUUAAAAAUCGUAACAGAUGGAUUGAUUUACUGUUUUUUUUGUUAUGCAUAAGUGGAUCAUAUGCACUUUUGUAUUUCGUUUGAGAAUUUGUCUUGAUGCUCACACGUUAGUAUUUUUCAUCAUCUCGGUCGUAAAUUAGAUUAGACUAAUGGUCAGCUACAGGCAGCAGGGGAGCUAUAUUUGUUAUAUAGUCCCAUGUAUAAUAGAUCUUACAUCAGCUUCUGUUUCAUCAGGAGUGAACUAAUUACCUAAUAUUGUUAACCUUAGUUUACCUGAAGGGUCCGCUUUCACAAAAUGGGCAACCAGCAAUUUCCAAAUCAAAACCAAGGGAUGCAAUUUUGAAGACUCCCAGUAAUGUUUCUGUUCUGUAUAUUCAUGCUUUUGCCGAUUGCAAGGUCGGCCUAUGCCAACCUGGAAAGCCGGUCUCAUGAGCAAACCCGGGCGUCUGGCAAUGGUGAAAUCUGUCCUAUGCGCCAUCCCCAUCCACCAAUUACUUGCAUUCGCCCCACCAAAGAAAGCCCUUCAGAUGGUCGAGAAGAUUAAACGUGGGUUUCUCUGGGCUGGUCGCGCCGCCGCCAACGGAGGACACUGUCACGUUAACUGGAAGCGUGUCUGCCGCCCCCUCUCCCUCGGCGGCCUUGGUGUCCAGGACAUUGAGCGCGCCGGCCUCGCGCUCAGACUGCACUGGCUUUGGCUCUCCCGCACUGACGACAGUCGGGCAUGGAGUGGCCUUGACAUGCAGUUCUCUGCUGACGAGCAUGCACUCUUCUUCGCCUCGACCACCAUGCGUAUUGGUAACGGCCAACGAGCGCUUUUCUGGGAGGACAGGUGGAUCCAGGGCAGGGCCAUCAAAGAGCUCAUGCCGCAACUGUACAAUUGUGUCCCAAAAAGACGCCGCAAGGCCAGAUCAGUCGCAGACGGUCUUCUCGGCAAUGCCUGGGCACGAGACAUUCAGGGGCUGCUUGGAGUCCAUGAGAUUGGACAGUACCUCAUGCUUUGGCGCAUGAUCCAAGACACCGCGCUCAACGACCAACCUGACCAGCUGGUCUGGAAGUGGACGGACUCCGGCAUCUACACGGCCAACUCAUGCUACCUAGCCACCUUCCACGGAUCGACGACUUGCUGCUCCUGGAAAUUGGUUUGGAAGACAUGGGCACCACCCAAAGUCAAAUUCUUCCAUUGGCUGGCAAGCAUGGACAGAUGUUGGACUGCGGAGCGCCUAGCCCAUCAUGGCCUCCCUCACCACCAACGUUGCCUCCUCUGCGACCAGGCGACGGAGUCGAUGCACCACCUGAUGCUGGAGUGCCCCUUCACCCGACAGACGUGGCAUGAGGUCCUGGCCUGGCUGCGGAUGACGGCGAGACCACCUGACGGCGAGCCCAGCCUCAUAGACUGGUGGCACCACGCCAAACAGGACACGCCAGCGCCUCUCCGCAAAGGGCUUGCAUCCGCCACUCUCCUGAUCCCAUGGAUGAUAUGGAAACACAGAAACUCUUGCGUCUUCGAUGGAGCCCAACCUUCCCUGCAACUCUUGCUGCAAAACAUCAAGGAUGAGCUUAGGGCUUGGGCUAGGGCAGGGGCUCAGGGCCUACGGGUCGUGCUGCCACAAACCUGGGAUGUACACUGAUGUUCAUGUGUUUGUACCAUACUCUGCCUCCUAGGAGGAUGUAAAUAACUUCUACCUUUUCAAUGAAAUGAAACGCAAAGGUCCUUUGCGUUUUCUCGAAAAAAGGUCGGCCUAUGCCGAUAAAGCUCUCUGGCGGUUGCAAGGUUUGCAUAUGCCGGAAAAUGUUCAAUGCCAUGUAACUUGAAACUUUUUCUUGAUUAUAGUGUGCUUGGUGAAAGGAUGGACUACUAUUGAAACUUUUUCUGACAUCCCAACCUUUGAAUGGAGAGCCUAUUUAUUGUGCUGCUGGUGCUUCUGAUUUUUGUAUGCAGGAACAGUAUAUACACCAGACUAUAAAUGAAACAGGGGCCACUAUUCUAGUAGGAGGAAAGGAUUCAGGACAUCUUAGCAAUAGCCAUGCUGGAGGUUGGUGAUUUGUUUUUGUAUCUUGUAAUGCAUAUUGUAGCAUCACAGUGAUCUGCCCUAUGUUAGCAACUAGUGAACUGGGUUUCCAAGAUGGUGACUUCGUAGUAUGUUUCUAUCCUCAUGUAGCUUUUUCUUUACCUAUUUCUUUUCCAGGAUGGUGAUUUGUUUUUUUAUAUAGUGACUUCCAGGAUUGAAGACAGUGUUCUUUACCUUUACCUGCUCCCUUUGCUUGGAAAAUCAACAUAAGCUGAUGAAUCCUGGAAGAUGUGUACCCUCGGAUGAUUGGCUGACGUCCCCUGAAGACUCCUUCGUUCAUCAAGGAGAUGUUUGCUGACGACAAUGUGGUCGUGGCACGACCAGCCAAUGCUGGCCUUGGAGCGGGUGCAAGGUUCGGUGCUAUGGACUCACAGUUCCAAUGAUCAACUGCUGUCCAUGACCUGCGGCAGAUCUGGGGAAACAGUUCCUUUAUCCAUUCAAACUGCGAGGUCGUGCAAGGCAAUGGUUGUGUGUUUAUACAGGCUAGGACAGAGUUAUUGUGCAUAACAAAAGAUUAGUAGUAUCUCAGGCAGCUAAGUUUCUUACCGUGACAAAGCGCAAGCGAAAUGAUUCGUAAUUGGUUGGGCAGACCGGCCUUGGUUCCUGAAACAGCUUUUGCUGGUGUGGUGGUGGUGGUUAACAUCUAA